AUGACAGAAAAAUGUGAUGAACCACUUGUGUCUGGACUCCCCCAUGUAGCUUUCAGCAGCUCGUCUUCCAUGUCUGGGAGCUAUUCUCCUGGCUAUGCCAAGAUCAACAAGCGAGGGGGUGCUGGGGGAUGGUCUCCAUCUGACAGUGACCAUUAUCAAUGGCUUCAGGUUGACUUUGGCAAUCGGAAGCAGAUCAGUGCCAUUGCAACCCAAGGAAGAUACAGCAGCUCAGACUGGGUGACCCAGUACCGCAUGCUGUACAGUGACACUGGGAGAAAUUGGAAACCCUAUCAUCAGGAUGGGAACAUCUGGGCAUUUCCUGGAAACAUCAACUCUGACAGUGUGGUUCGGCAUGAUUUACAGCAUCCAGUUAUUGCCCGCUACGUGCGCAUAGUACCUCUGGACUGGAAUGGAGAAGGCCGCAUUGGGCUCAGAAUUGAAGUCUAUGGCUGUUCUUAUUGGGCUGAUGUUAUCAACUUUGAUGGCCACGUCGUGUUACCAUAUAGAUUCAGAAACAAGAAGAUGAAAACACUGAAAGACGUCAUUGCCUUGAAAUUUAAAACCUCUGAAAGUGAAGGGGUGAUCUUGCAUGGGGAAGGACAGCAAGGGGAUUACAUCACCCUGGAACUGAAAAAAGCCAAGCUGGUCUUCAGCUUAAACCUAGGAAGCAACCAGCUGGGCCCCAUCUAUGGCCACACGUCCGUGAUGACUGGAAGUCUGCUGGAUGAUCACCACUGGCACUCUGUGGUCAUUGAGCGCCAGGGCCGGAGCAUUAACCUCACCCUGGACAGAGGUGUGCAGCACUUCCGCACCAAUGGAGAAUUCGACUACCUGGACCUGGACUACGAGAUAACCUUUGGAGGCAUACCUUUCUCUGGGAAGCCAAGUUCCAGCAGUAGAAAGAACUUCAAAGGCUGCAUGGAGAGCAUUAAUUACAAUGGCAUCAACAUAACUGAUCUUGCAAGAAGGAAGAAACUAGAGCCCUCAAAUGUGGGAAAUUUGAGUUUCUCAUGUGUGGAGCCCUACACCGUGCCUGUCUUUUUCAAUGCUACCAGUUACCUGGAGGUGCCAGGACGGCUUAACCAGGACCUGUUUUCGGUCAGUUUCCAGUUCAGGACUUGGAACCCAAACGGCCUCCUGCUUUUCAGUCAGUUUGCAGAGAAUUUGGGCAAUGUGGAGAUUGACCUCACUGAAAGCAAAGUCGGUGUUCACAUCAACAUCACUCAGACCAAGAUGAGCCAAAUAGAUAUUUCCUCAGGUUCUGGGCUGAACGAUGGACAGUGGCAUGAGGUUCGUUUCCUAGCUAAGGAAAAUUUUGCCGUUCUCACCAUUGAUGGAGAUGAGGCUUCAGCAGUUCGAACUAAUAGUCCUCUUCAAGUUAAAACUGGCGAGAAGUACUUUUUUGGAGGUUUUCUGAACCAGAUGAAUAACUCCAGUCACUCCGUCCUACAGCCUUCAUUCCAAGGAUGCAUGCAGCUCAUCCAAGUGGACGACCAACUGGUGAAUUUAUACGAAGUGGCUCAGAGGAGGCCAGGCAGUUUUGCAAAUGUCAGCAUCGACAUGUGUGCCAUCAUUGACAGAUGUGUGCCCAAUCACUGUGAGCAUGGCGGGAAGUGCUCGCAAACGUGGCACAGCUUCCAGUGCACUUGUGAGGAGACGGGAUACAGUGGGGCCACCUGCCACAACUCGAUCUAUGAGCCUUCCUGUGAAGCAUACAAACACCUGGGCCAGACGUCAAAUUACUACUGGAUAGAUCCUGAUGGCAGUGGACCUCUGGGGCCUCUGAAAGUCUACUGCAACAUGACAGAGGACAAAGUGUGGACCAUAGUGUCUCACGAUUUGCAGAUGCAGACCACAGUGGUGGGCUACAGCCCAGAAAAGUACUCGGUGACACAGCUCGUUUACAGUGCCUCCAUGGACCAGAUCAGCGCCGUCACCAGCAGCGCCGAGCACUGCGAGCAGUACGUCUCCUAUUUCUGCAAGAUGUCGAGGUUGUUGAACACCCCAGAUGGAAGCCCUUACACCUGGUGGGUCGGCAAAGCCAACGAGAAGCACUACUACUGGGGUGGCUCCGGGCCCGGGAUUCAGAAGUGCGCCUGUGGCAUUGAGCGGAACUGCACAGAUCCCAAGUACUACUGUAACUGUGAUGCAGACUACAAGCAGUGGAGGAAGGAUGCUGGCUUCUUAUCCUACAAAGAUCACCUGCCAGUGAGCCAGGUGGUAGUUGGAGAUACUGACCGUCAAGGCUCAGAAGCCAAACUGAGUGUGGGCCCUCUGCGCUGCCAAGGAGACAGGAAUUAUUGGAAUGCCGCCUCCUUCCCAAACCCAUCAUCCUACCUGCACUUCUCUACUUUCCAAGGGGAGACGAGUGCCGACAUUUCUUUCUACUUCAAGACAUUAAUCCCCCGAGGAGUGUUUCUGGAAAACCUGGGCAACACAGAUUUCAUCAAACUCGAGCUGAAAUCUGCCACCGAAGUGUCCUUUUCAUUUGAUGUCGGAAAUGGGCCCGUGGAGAUUGUGGUGAGGUCGCCGUCCCCUCUCAAUGAUGACCAGUGGCACCGGGUCACCGCGGAGAGGAAUGUCAAGCAAGCCAGUUUGCAGGUGGAUCGGCUGCCACAGCAGAUCCGCAAGGCACCCACAGAAGGUCACACCCGCCUGGAGCUCUACAGCCAGCUGUUUGUUGGUGGUGCUGGGGGCCAGCAGGGCUUCCUGGGCUGCAUCCGCUCCCUGCGGAUGAACGGGGUGACACUGGACCUGGAGGAAAGAGCCAAGGUCACAUCCGGCUUCAAGUCCGGGUGCUCGGGCCACUGCACCAGCUACGGCGCCAACUGUGAGAACGGCGGCAGGUGUCUAGAGAAGUACCACGGCUACUCCUGUGACUGCUCCCACACGGCCUACGACGGCACGUUUUGCAACAAGGAUGUUGGUGCGUUUUUUGAAGAGGGGAUGUGGCUACGGUAUAACUUCCAGGCACCGGUAGUCGGUGCCAAGGAACCGGGCAGCAGAGCAGAGAGCUCCCCUGAGCAGCAGAACGCCCCUCCCGACCUGGCCCAUGAGAGCAUCCGCUUCAGCUUCAGCACCACCAAGGCGCCCUGCAUUCUCCUCUACGUCAGUUCUUUCACCACAGACUUCUUGGCAGUUCUCAUCAAACCCGCUGGAAGCUUACAGAUUCGGUACAACCUGGGCGGUACCAGAGAACCGUACAACAUUGACGCAGACCACAGGAACAUGGCCAACGGACAACCCCACAGUGUCAACAUCACCCGGCACGAGAGGACCGUCAUUCUCAAGCUCGAUCAUUACCCUUCGGUGAGUUACCAUCUGCCAAGUUCCUCGGACACACUCUUCAAUUCUCCCAAGUCGCUCUUUCUAGGAAAAGUUAUAGAAACAGGGAAGAUUGACCAAGAGAUUCACAAAUACAACACCCCGGGAUUCACUGGGUGCCUCUCCAGAGUGCAGUUCAACCAGAUUGCGCCCCUCAAGGCGGCCUUGAGGCAGACAAACGCCUCGGCUCACGUUCACAUCCAGGGCGAACUGGUGGAGUCCAACUGCGGAGCCUCCCCGCUGACCCUGUCACCCAUGUCGUCCGCCACCGACCCCUGGCACUUAGAUCACUUGGAUUCAGCCAGUGCUGAUUUUCCAUAUAAUCCAGGACAAGGCCAAGCUAUAAGAAAUGGAGUCAACAGAAACUCGGCUAUCAUUGGAGGCGUCAUUGCUGUGGUGAUUUUCACCAUUCUCUGCACCUUGGUUUUCCUCAUCCGCUACAUGUUCCGCCACAAGGGCACCUACCACACCAACGAAGCAAAGGGAGCAGAGUCAGCAGAGAGCGCGGAUGCUGCCAUCAUGAACAACGACCCCAAUUUCACAGAGACCAUUGAUGAGAGCAAAAAGGAAUGGCUCAUCUGAGGGGUGGCUAUGUGGCUCUGGGAGAGGGAGGAGCUAGUCACUAGGGAGGAGGGAAAGAGACAGAAGCACCCUACUUCAUACUCUUGAGCACAUCCUUAAAAUAUCAGCACAAAUUGGGGGAGGCAAGCAACAGAAAAUUCUGGAGACUGAUCGCCACAAAAAAAUACUUUUUAAUAUUUCUUUAUAGCUGAGUUUCCCCUUCUAUAUCAACUCAAAAUAAUACAAAAAAUGCUUUUAGAGUUUAAGAAAUGGUUGCAAUUUGUAGGUAAUACCGUCUUAUUUUGUGUGUGUUUAGAGGUGUUCUAAAAACCCAUGGUAACAGGGCAAGUUUUCUACAUUUUUAAGAGCCCUUAGAAUGUGGAUAUUUUUUCUUGAGAAAAGCUGAUGCACAUGGCCUCCAGCAUUCUCUUCCUUUUGCGUAUAGUCGAUUUUUAAUGGGCUAUCGUAGUAACUAGUUCGUGUUCAUACAGUAUUUCUUUUGGUGUCCUGUAAAUUGGAAAAGGAAAGGAAGGGGCAAAGAGAACCUAUCAUUUGCCAGUUUUCAAAGAGACCUCAAUCUCUGCCAAUUCUGAGAGUUCCUGCCUGAAGCAGCUGAAGGAAGAGAGCAUAUGGCACCCAUUGUGUAACAACAUAACCAACAGAGAGAAGCAUUAAGAACCAAGCAUUAAGAACAAGUGGUUUCAUACUGGAAUUGUUGGAUUUAUCUUUCCUCAAAUUCUACCAUCUAAUACUGUUCCUUGUGUGUAGUCUUAGACCUAGCCAUUAUCUGUGACUGUCAGCUAUAAUCCAGUGGUGAUCAGCUGUUGCAGAAGAUUUCUCCUCUGCUUUACCUGCAACAUGUUAGGUUACACUGUCUGUGUGUAGGCACCCCAGUGGGGAAUUAGAGCUAGACAUUAUGCCUUGUUGCCUCUGUUUCUUUUCUAGUUGUAGCAAGAGUAUGGGCACUUUCUAGUGAAUGCAUUAAUUAGGUUGCUCUUCUUAUUUUGCUUUAAAUCUCUAGUUUUAAGCCCCUGUGACAAAACCCUAGCAGACUAGGUCCUCUGAAUGGACAUACCACAAUAAAGCCAAGUAUGGUUACUAUCA